AUGAAAAGGGGCGGAGCAUCUUUUUGUGCAUUGUAUUCACCUCUCUCUCUCUCUCUCUCUCUCUCUCUCUCUCUCUCUCUCUCUCUCUCUCUCUCUCUCUCUCUCUCUCUCUCUCUCUCUCUCUCUCUCUCUCUCUCUCUCUCUCUCGUCCAAUUUUCCAUUGACGCACCUUUCGGGGCGGGCUGGAGUGGGGAGAGCGAUCGGCUGGUCAAUCGCCACCAGCGCGAGCCGGUCGCGCCUGGUAGUCCUGUAUCGCCAUUGCAACGCCGGGUCAUGGGCGCGGUAACUCGGGCCGUGCAAGCCAGCAACGCCGGAGACUACGGCUCGGCCAUUGAGCACCUGGAUAGGGCUCUGCGCGACCAAGCGAACAUCCCCAUCAAUGUGCUCUGCUUCAUCUACGCAACGCUGUCCCGUUGCUACAUCCAGACCGGCGAUAAGCUGCGUGCCAUCGAGUAUGCUGAGCUGCAAGUACAGCAUUUGGCGCGCGAGGAUCGCCUUUUCAUGACCCUCCGUGCCAACAUUCACGACCUUCGCACCAACGCCUACAACAACCUGGGGUUGGCUCACUAUCACUUUGGCAACUUUGAACAGGGGCUCGCCGCGUUUCAACACGCUUCCGAUUGCGCGCAGAUCACCGGUAAAUACGAGCUAAUCAUGGCCGUUGAGGGGAACAUGGGCAAUUGCUUGGGCUCUCUUGGCCGCUUCAAGGAGGCCCUGGCACACCACAUUGAUCACCAUCGCCUUGCUCGCACGGUGGCCACUUCCGGCACCCGCGAGGAUGAAGCCAUUCUCGCGCGCGCCGCCGUUAAUGUCAGCAAUGAUUACUAUUCCCUGCGCCAAACGCAGGACGGAAACAUGUAUCACCAACAGGAAUUUCGCCGGACUGGUUUCGCCCCGGAUCCCCUUGAUGCCACCCUCAGCACCCCAGAGGAGGAAGACCAAGCCCCACUCCCCACCCAUGACUUUCCACCCAACUUGAAAGGCUACACGGGGUGGAUCCGUUAUCAUGGCACGGGCAGCGUGGCUGGACCCGAUCGCCUGACUGAGCACCGCCGUUUGGGCCUUCUGACAAAGGGUCUCUUUACUGUUGCCGCCACUGCGGCAGCUCAGGCCGGUGUGCUUGCUCACGUGGACAUGAUUCAGGCAAGCUCCGUUGGCUUGGUCAGUCUCACCAACGAGGAGCGCAUCAGCAACGCCCGCCGCUCCAUUCGCAUUGGUUUGGACACGGGCGAAUGGUACUUCUUCUCCUGUAUGCACGAUGCCGACGCCCAGCGCUGGCAUAGUGCACUGCUUGUGGCCCGCAACGAAGCCCACCGCUCCAUGCAGUUUUCCACCUUUGGGCGGGCCCGCCGCGGUGUACAGUCCGUCUUCACCACGGGUGGGACUGACCCACCGCCCUCGCGUGGCACCAAGAGCAUGUCAUCCUCGAGUCACGCCUCCCAUCUCAGCCAAGCCCCACGCAGCCCCAGCAAGGUUUCAUUUGGCCCCUCCUCCAGCUCGCGCAGCGGCACCGCUGACACACCACUCUCCACAUUCUCGACGCAGUCCAGCCAGCGUAAGGAGUACAGCGAGCCGCCUGGCGCCACGUUGUCCACGUUUGGCAAUGUCAACCCUCUCUAUGCUGGCCAAGCUGGCGAGAGCUUUGAUGAGCCAGAGGCUGUGGAUUUGGCCACCUUUGCACCCUCGAUGCUGCCUGAUGAAGAUGACGAUGCCUAUUUACACCGCAUCACCGUGCAAAUGGCACAAGAAAACGACGAUGGCACCAAUUUGAAUCUCUUCCAUUCCAACACUGGCUUCCAGGAAACGAGCGUCGACCACAAAGCCCAUAAGACGUCGCAGCGCAGCGGCACGGCAUCAACAACAGAGCCAGAAGAAGCGACUUUAAACGAUGACCCAGAGUCCAGUGCCUACCUAAAUGCCACCUACGAGUCAAUCCCCAUGCAAGAUGAGACUGUGCUGACCUCGCCCACGCCCGCAACCCCUGCAAAGCGCGUAAUGGAGACACGGAUGGAUCACGAGCCUGGAGUUUUCGGUGCGGCGCUAAAUGCCAAGCCGACUGACACUACGGCUGCGCCCCCGAGUACCCGCACGACAGGGCCAGUGACUGCGAAUGCGGCUACUGAGGAUGACGAUGACGUCCCCAAGCCACGGUACGACCCCCUGUAUGACAACGGGUCAGCCCCGUUGGAUAUCUAUAGCGUGCCCUCGACUCGACGCAAGAAGCCCUCAACCCACUAUGAUUCUGCGCCCGCGGUGCGCGCGGCUGACCCCGAGUCCAUGUAUGACCAAGUGGACGAGCCAGCUCCGACGACUACCAAGGCAUCAGGUUACAGCACCAUCGCAUCGGACCAGCCGAAGGAAAGUAUCUACGGCGACAUGCAAGCCAUCCAAGACUUUGGGGUCGGCUUGGCCAAGCCCACGAGCAGUGCCGUCGUGAUGGCGCAUGCCGCAGAGUCACCAUACGGCACAACGGCAGCUACCGUGGCCACACCUAGCACGGAGCCCAAGGGUGAGAAUCCGUAUGGUGUCAUGGGCGCCAACGGGGUGCCACCUCCACCGGGAACGACAGAGGAGGAGAUCGACCCCAUGGCUUCACCAGAGGGUGUGUACGGCGACAUUGAUGCUUUUGAUGGGGCGGACGAUGCCUACGGGGCACCAUUGGUCACGAUCAGCCCCGCUCGCCCACCUGCGGAACCUUUGCCGGUUUUUGCAGAUGACAAUGGGGAUGAAGCCUCGGGCGGUACUGCGGGUUCAAAAGACGUGACAAGCGGAGCAUCCGUCAGCGAGUACGCAGACGAUGCGGUCAAUCUGUUUCGACAACUGAGCUCCAAGCACUAGCGACGUUUGCCUCGGGCUUGGUGUUGUUGUACUGCUCUCGUGUGUAUGCGCGAGCUUGGCUCAUUUAUUCCGUGAAUCUUCCAUCAUACCCAAGGCCCAGAAUCACACGUCUCCCAUGCAGCACAUCCUGGGUAGAUCAGGUGCUUUUCCCAUAGACAUGCCACCUGUGUCUGUGUGUCUGUGCGUCUGUACCCGUACCCGUGCCUGUUUCCUGUGAUUUUAUCUGUGCACGUCUCGGUGUGGACACGAAUUUAUCUCAGUUUU